AAACAGUCUUGUUCUUGUUGAACUUGAUCCCGGCCGGAGCCGGACCUGGAGCUGGAGCUGGCCCGGAUCUUCAUCUGCAGUUUUGUUGAAGUUCAGACGCCUCAAAGUUGCAGGUUCUUCUGGGUACAGUGGGAGGACUGGGGAUGGGGUACAGGCUUGUCCAUGAGGUCUUGCGACCCGUCCGGCUCAUGCUGCCACUCCUGCUCUUCCUGUCCAUCCCGCUGACGGRGCUGUGUGCUGAGAGCUCAGACUACUACGAGCUGCUGGGAGUCAGCAGGGAGGCGACGAGCAGAGAGGUCCGACAGGCCUUUAAGAAGCUGGCACUCAGCAUGCACCCUGACAAAAACCCAGCUGACCCCUCAGCACACGACAGGUUUCUGAAGGUGAACCGGGCCUACGAAGUUCUGAAAGACGAAGAGCUGAGGAAGAAAUAUGAUAAGUAUGGAGAGAAGGGACUGGACGAGCAGCAGGGAGGACGGUACGAGAGCUGGAACUACUACAGAUAUGACUUUGGAAUCUACGACGACGACUUGGAGAUUAUCACUCUGGACAGUGGAGACUUUGAAGCUGCAGUGAAUUCUGGAGAAAUCUGGUUUGUCAACUUUUAUUUCCCACGAUGCUCACACUGUCACCAGCUGGCUCCAACGUGGAGGGAGUUUGCCAAAGAGAUGGAUGGAGUGAUCCGGAUCGGAGCGGUGAACUGUGGAGACAACAACCACCUGUGCAGGAGGAGAGGCAUCCACAGUUACCCCAGCCUGUAUGUUUACAGAGCAGGACAGAAGCCAGAGAAGUUUACUAUGGAGAGGACCAAAGACAACCUGGUUCGUUUCUCUAUGCAGUUCAUCACAACAAGCGUCACUCAGCUCUGGCAGGGUAAUGUUUUUACUGAGAUAGAGAGUGCAUUUGCUUCAGGGCUUGGAUGGCUGAUCACCUUCUGCUCUGACUCUGGAGAUUGUCUGGAGCCCAGAACAAGACAGAAGCUUGCUGGGAUGUUGGAUGGUCUGGUUAAGGUGGGGUGGAUGGACUGCACCGUGCAGCAAGAACUAUGUGGCAGUUUCCAGGUAACCAGUGGAGCAACUGCUUUGUUUCCACCUGAAAGUGCUCUGGAUAAACAAGAUAGUAUACUGUGGCUGAAGACAUUGGACAGUAAAGAAAUUUAUAAUCAGGUCAUCAACCAUCUGCCAGAUCUAGAACUGCUGACCAGUGACAGUUUUGAGGACAAACUGGCCCAUCAUCGAUGGUUGAUCAGUUUUACAUUUGGUGACAGAAACUCUUUCUCUGAGUACAAGAAGCUCAAAGCUUUUCUCCAAAACGACCACAUCCAGGUUGGUAAAGUAGACUGUGCAGCAGAGUCAGGGUUGUGUCAGUCUCUCUACAUCCAUAAACCCUGUGUGGCCGUCUUUAAAGGACUGGGGAUUCAUGAUUUUGAGAUCCACCAUGGCAAAGACGUGUUGUACAACAUCGUGAGUUUUGCAAGAGACAGUGUUCGUGCUCAUGUGACUACUCUGAAGCCAGACAACUUCCCCUCAGACAGAAAGGAGCCGUGGCUUGUCGAUUUCUUUGCUCCGUGGUGUCCUCCAUGUCGAGCUUUACUGCCUGAACUGAGAAAAGCAUCGAUCCAGUUAGCUGGACAGAUCAGGUUUGGUACUCUGGACUGUACUAUUCAUCAGAACCUGUGCUCCUUGUACAACAUUCAGGCUUAUCCCACCACCGUCAUAUUCAACGGCUCUUCUGUUCACGAGUAUGAAGGACAUCAGUCAGCUGAUGGCAUCCUGGACUUCAUACAGGAUCUGGUCAAUCCGUCCGUGGUGGUCCUCGAUCCGUCCAGCUUCACAGAAAAAGUCAAAGCUUUAAAAUAAAAAGAACCCAUAUAAAAAUCAA